CCCUCUGCUCUUCGGUGACGACUUCGUCCUUCUCCUCCCCUCUGGGGCCCCGCCAGCAUGGGUCCCAGGCCCCAGUCGCUGCUCGCCGCCCUCCUGCUGCUCCUCGCCGUCGCUGGCCCCGCGUACUGCGACACACCUGCCAACUGCACCUACCCUGACCUGCUGGGCACCUGGGUCUUCCAGGUGGGCCCCGUUGGUUCUCGGAGCGAAGUCAACUGCUCGGUUAUGGGACCACCAGAAAAAAAGGUAGUAGUGCACCUUAAGAAGUUGGAUACAGCAUAUGAUGAUUUUGGCAAUGCCGGCCAUUUUACCAUCAUUUACAAUCAAGGCUUCGAGAUUGUGUUGAAUGACUACAAGUGGUUUGCCUUUUUUAAGGAUGUCACUGAUUUUAUCAGUCAGUUGUUCAUGCAGCUGGGAACUGUCAGGGUACAUGAUUUGAGACAUCUGAGGAACAAACUGGUUAUUAAAUAGAGCAUCUGUUGAGGGGCUCUUUUAAAACAACAACCAAAAACAGACUUUGGGGCUAAGAGGCAGAGCAGCAUGCAGCCGUGGACCUUCUUACCUCUAACAGCUAGCCGAGGCCUCUAGCAACUACAUUCCCCUUCUGGAGUCUUUCUGUGCAUGUAAAAUGCUGAGGAGUCCUGGUGACCUACCUCCAAGGCAGCUACCCUCCUGAACCAUUUCUCUGGAAAGCAGCAACCGCCAUUUUGAAAUGUGAACAACCAGAGACUACACAGGAAAAAGACAUCUGGAAGUCUUAGGUGGCUUCAGCAUUCAACCUUUGAAUGAAAGGAACUAUAUGAAACUCGAGUUUUUCCCUUUUGAAUAUUCUUCUAUUGAAAUGAUUUUUCCAAACUCAUUAGGAUUUGAAUUUUGUGUUGUAUUUUGUUCAUAGUGCAAAUUUUAUUCCCAGUUAAAUUAUCUUCUUGUGUGCCUUUCUUUCUUUAAUUAUCUUGACGAACCACAGGACCCAUUGUAAGGAGAAAUUAAUGCUUCAGGAUAUCUUGAGAUGCACAGAUGUAAAGGGUAGAAAGAUCAUUCUACAGAAGACAUGUUUGGGGGACAGGUUUCUGAGAUAAGUCAAACCACAGAAGGGUAUCCUUGUAGAUCAUAGGCCUGUAGUACCCUAGCCAGAAAGAUGGGGUGAUUAAUACAUUUUUUUUUGUCUGUUUUUUUGAUUAGGUCCCAGUUUUGUACUAAGAACUUGACAUAUAUUACCUUACAAGAUCUUAUGAAGUAGAUAUUACUAGCUUCAUUUUACAGAUAGGGAAAAUUAGUCUCUUACUGGGCAUCUAAUUGUAAAAUGACAAGGGCUGGCCUUUCAAGCCUAAGGACCUCCCUGGGGCUAAAGGAUAAAAGAAAUAAUGGUACUUGAGUGACAGACAUUUCCGUGGAUUUUUUUCUGGAGACUCCCAGUUCAUAAGCAUCAUGAAUGUUUAAUGGAAUGAAAUACGCAUUGCAUUGGCUUCUUUUGAAAUGGUUUACAGCUUAUGUUUCCUUACCAAAUUAGGCUAUUCUCUUUCUUUCCUAAACCAGGGUCCUUUCAUUCAAGAGAAAACUUACCUUCUCUCCUUUUGUGUUCUUAGAAAGGAAGGUUCUGAAAAACGUCACAUUAAGUAACCUUGCCUAGUUGACUUCUCUUAAUUACACUGUUGUUCUUAUUGAUUGCUAUCUUUUAGCUCUUUCCUGCUAAACAGUGGACUAGUUUCCUGCUCAGUUCAGAAUUGAUGAAUAUCAACCUCAGUAAGCUGAAAAUUUGGAACCAUACCUAGUCCCUAUUUUCUGGAGGGCUUUUCUCUUGUAUCUGUGCUUGAAUGGAAGAAUCUCUAGAUAUCAGAUUUUUAUCAUUUUAUUGGUUCAGAGAACUUUUUAUGACCUCUGAGUGGCCACUGGUCUGCUAUUCUGGAAAGGUUAUGUCUUAAAAGGUGAAGUAACUGUAUACCCAACUACUUCUACCUGGAUACCUUUUUCACCCUACCUCUGGACCUGAUCAUUCAGUACUCAGGGCCUUGAUGCCACCUCUGUGAGACCUUCCCUAGCUCUCUCCAUUGGUGAGAGAACUGCCAUUGUUUUGGUUCACAUUGUGCUUGCAGUUACCUCUGCUCAGGUAAUUCUGCAUUAACUGCUGUAAUGGAGUGAUUUGAUAGUGUGUCUUCUUCCAUGCUGAAAAGCUGUAUGUCAACCUGUGUAUCUUCAGAUCCUGAUUACAUAGAACUUUAUAAGUGUUUGGAAAACUGACCACACUUCUCUUGUCUUUUCAAAGACUUUUCACAAGUAAUAUCAGCUUACAUAGAUGUAAUUCUUCUGUAUUCCAGGAGCACAAUCAGAAAUGAUGCUAUGUUUAUAUUUCUGGUUCUGUGCCCUAAAAAUACAUACCAGGUUACCUGUCUCCAGGGUUCUAAAAGAGUUGCAUUUUUCAAACUAAUUUUCAGGAUGUAAAGUGACAGAGCAGCUAAUGUGUGUAAGAAUGUAUUUAAUAUGGAAUUUGAAACCACCUCUACGAAAGUUUUUUUUUUUUUUUUUUUUCCUAUUUCUCUGAGAAACUUUGCAUCUAAAUGUUUUGCUAAUGGAAAAGAAGACUUGGUAGGUACAAAAUUACAGAUACUUGUGUUAACAGGUGUCCUAAAAUAAUACCGCUUUGCAUUUUCUGUCACAAUUGUUUGUCUGCUCUGAUCUUUAAACUCUGAGGGCAGGGAUCAACUCUGUACUACUAACCAUUUUAUUCCUUUUGUAUAAUGUGAUGCAUGAUAAAUAAUAGGCCUUCAAUAAAUGUAGAAGAAAGAAAAUUGAAUAAUAUAUCAUUGUAUUGUCUUGUUUUAUUGACAUGUUUCUGGGUAUAUUGUUACCUUUAUGUACUUAAGAGUCUGUAGUGGACCCUCAGGCCAUAUUUGUUGAAUUGGCGUGGUAGAAAACAGUGGAGGAUUUUAGAUUUUAUUCUGUUCAUUUAUUUACAUUUUAAUUUUUGUAUGAGACUAGAAAAACCAAGAUAGGGCUCAAAGUUAAAAACAGUAAAGUUGUAACUUUGAGAAUUACUAAAAACUAAGUUAGCUGUCGGGGUAGAUAGCUUUAUGAUGGCAGAUUCCGCACAGCCUGGAGUGCUGUGGGCUGUCCUGUUCCUUCCCCCAUUUCGGUACAUUGAGAGGCACCAGCCAAAGGUUAGAUUAGGUGAGCUCUUAGAUUUGUUCAAAUCUCCCAGUUUAAAAAUUUAUGAACGAGGAAGUGAGGAAUGAGCCAAGAGAUUUUGACAACUGUAUUGAAGGAUAAAUUGCUAUUUUAACUAAUUCUAGAACCUAUAUUUUGGUUUAACCUGAAUGUGUUUUAAGCACUGGAAAUAAAUGAAUUCACUUCCACAUACAAAUCUGUCUUUACCUCAGUAAAAUCCUGGAAGGUAUUUGGUUACAACCACUGUAAUGAUUUCUUGGCAGUUUCAAAAUUCAUUGAAAUUCAACUUUUCAAACAAAUGGUUAAAUCUAGUUAGGUAGAAAGCUAGAGCUAAUCCUUGAAGCCAGCAGAGGGGAGUUUGUUUCUUUCUGAGGAAAUAUGUGGUACUCUUGGGUAGGUCUGGGAAAAUAACAACUUAGUAAAAAUGUGCCUUGUUCUCUUUUGUUGAUGCUUUUUACACUCCAGACCUGACAGCAAAUGAAAGCAGUUAAUCUAUAUACAGGAAACAGGGCAGAACUCAAGUAAACAUGUUUUGUUAUUCAGUAUUGCUGGAAAUGUACUAUCUCUGCAUAUAUGCUUUACCAUUAAAUCAUUGAGCUUCACGCCAGGUGUCUUUUCCUGAAAUGUUGAAUGAUCUUGAUGGAUAAGACAUGGUUCUCCAAAUUUUUUGUCAUGUAUUCCACAGUGUGUAAAGGUACAUUUAAAACAUUAUAUACGUGUACUGCCGUACUGAUGUUUGCUAUCAAACACAUGAGGUAAUAUUAAAUGAUUAAAUAUUUGUCACAAAAA